AACAUCUCUCUCUCUCCCUCACAGAACUUUUUGUAAUGGCAUUGCUCCUUUCUUACUGCUCUCUUCAACCUCCAUUAUCGUCUUCUUCUUCUGUUCAUUCUUCACAUAUCCAAUCUCUGAGCAAACGAGUUUUCGCUUCUCCUGCCGUAAUUCGAAAUUCAAUUUCCCCGUCUCUCUCUUCAUCUUAUUCCUCCGUUAGUAGCUCCAAUUCGAUUCCUCAGGUCGUCGUAACCCGAGAACGAGGCAAGAACAAUCAAAUCAUCAAAGCUUUGGAGAAACAAGGGAUAUCAUCUUUAGAGCUUCCCUUGAUUCAACAUGCGCGAGGACCUGAUUUCGAUAGGCUUGCUUCUGUAUUAAGUGAUAAGAGCUUUGAUUGGAUCAUCAUAACAUCUCCAGAAGCAGGUUCUGUCUUCCUUGAGGCGUGGAGGGCGGCUAGCUCCCCAAAAGUGCAAAUAGGUGUAGUAGGAGCUGGAACCGCCAGGGUAUUUGAAGAGGCAAUGCAAUCGGCAGAAGGAUUGCUUCAUGUUGCAUUUACACCAUCAAAAGCAACGGGUAAAGUCUUGGCUUCGGAGCUUCCAGAGAAAGUUGGCAAAAGGUCCUCUGUCUUAUACCCGGCUUCUCUAAAAGCAGGCAAUGAUAUUGUGGAAGGGUUAUCCAAACGUGGGUUUGAAGUUGUCAGGCUGAAUACAUACACAACAGUUCCGGUGCAGAGUGUUGAUACGGUGCUUCUGCAACAGGCAGUGUCUGCUCCUGUUCUUUCUGUAGCUUCACCUUCUGCAGUUCGGGCCUGGCUGAAUCUGAUUCAAAACGAGGAGCAAUGGAGCAAUUACGUUGCCUGCAUUGGAGAGACAACUGCUUCAGCUGCAAAACGACUAGGACUGAAAAACGUGUACUACCCAGAACAACCAGGACUUGAAGGGUGGGUCGAGAGCAUCAUGGAAGCUCUAGGUGCUCACGAAGAUUCAAGAAACUCUAGCGGCAGGAAUUGAAUCACACUUGUGCCAUUCUCUCAUAGAUUUUACUCUGGAGGACUUUGAAUUUGGACAGUGCAUGUAAUUUAGAGGACAUGGAAAAAGAAACCAAAUGAUUGUGUUGAGAAAUACUCAAGCCCUUGUAAGAUAUCUCAGAUAGCUUUGGUAGAACAGUAUACACUUAUUAUUUGAAUGCUAACAUCAUAAAACGAAAGACAUGAAAAUAAAAAUCAAUUUUAUGU